UUAUUAUCAAAGAAGUGUAAAAGGAAUUAUACCACUCAAUCCAUUGAGUCAUGACAUGUCGUGGUCUUAUGUGCCGUAGGCGGGCCUCUCUGCGCUCAGUUUAACAGCUCUAGUGGCCGUUUUCAGAUACGAACUUCGUUCUCUCUCUCUCUCUCUCGCACUGUUCUCUAUGAAACGCCAAACCAAGGAAAAUAAAAUAACACCCUUCGCAACAAUGACCAGCUAGCUAACGCUCUCUCUCUUUCUCUCUCUCUCUCUCUCUCUUUGGUUGGUAGUGAAUGAUAAUGGUGGUUGUGGUGGUGUUGAAUUUUACAUGUUUGAAUCGGUGAGAGAGUGAGUGAAUGAGAAGAAAAUGUUCAGGCUACACCACAAGAACAGGCAUGCCAAAUCAGGGGACAGAGUGGAUUUCAAGCUCUCCCGCUUUAAGGCCCUCCAGGUACCGAAAGGCUGGGACAAGCUGCUUGUAUCUAUUGUCUCUGUGGAAACUGGGAAAACAAUUGCAAAGUCAGGCAAAGCACUGGUGCAAAAUGGAAGUUGUCAAUGGACAGAUACUCUGUCAGAAUCUAUAUGGGUUUCACAGGAUGACUCUUCAAAGGAGCUACAAGAUUGUUUCUUCAAGCUUGUGGUCUCCGCGGGUUCAGCUAGAUCUGGCAUCCUUGGAGAGGCCACAGUCAAUAUGACAGGCUAUAUGAGUUCAAAUGCUCCUGUUCCAGUUUCGCUGCUAUUGAAAAAGUGCAAUUAUGGGACAAUUUUUCAAGUAAAAAUUCACUGCCUCACACCAAGAACAAAUCUCAGGGGUGAAGGAUCAAAAGAGAGUAAUUUCCAUAUGGAAGAAGACCAGGAAGCAAACUAUCAUGAUCUGGACUCUAAGUCAGAUGGGUCUGGAAGUACAUUUGCAAGGAGUGCUGGAUCUUCCUCUAGCAAAGAUUUGGGCUCUACCUCACACCCAGGAGAACCUGGGAGCAGGGAAACAAGUUUCUCUGCAUCGGGUUCAUAUCACAGCAAUGACUCAAGGGAGGGUUCCAUAACGAGGGAAAUGUGCUCCCCAUUAAUUAGUGAUGGGCAUGGUCUGAUUGGAAGACAAGAAUCGGUCAGCUCCCAAAAUAGUGUACAUACUGGCUCUAAUCCUGUUGGUGAUCCUUUUAAAUCAAGUCAUUCAUCAUUUACUUCACAGCUAAUGGGUUCACAAAAUCAUUCCCAGGAUAGUUUGAAAGAAUUUGUAACAUCAUCUUUGAAACCAGCUGGCUCUCCUAAAAACCUUAAGGACGCUGCACAAGAAACAAUUGAUGAGCUUCGUGCAGAAGCUAAGAUGUGGGAGAGGAAUGCCCGCAAGCUCAUGCUUGAUUUGGAUAUUCUGAGGAAGGAAUUCUCCAAUCAGUCCAAAAACCAAGAAAAUCUAAACAUUGAGCUUUCAGCAGCAUAUGCAGAACUUGAUGGUUUGAAGAAUGAAGUAGAACAAUUGAAAUUUUCACCAGAGAAGCCAAUGGUGCAACAAAUAGCAACCAAGGAUUCAUCCUUUCAAGAUGAAGGUGUAUCCUAUAUUCAAAAGGAACUACAAGAUGAACUGAAGUUUCAGAAAGAGUCCAAUGCCGAUUUGGCUCUGCAGUUGCAGAGGAGUCAAGCAUCAAACCUUGAGCUUGUUUCUAUUCUUCAGGAGCUGGAAGAGACCAUAGAAAAGCUGAAGAUUGAGAUAGAGAAUCUUUCAGCACCGCACUCACAAUUCGGUGAUAAUGAAAACUUUAUCCAAGUAAAUAAAGAGGAAAACAGAAAUUUAUUGCUCCAGCUACAGCAAUUGCAGGAAUCAGAAAGGAAUUUGCAAGAUAAGGUGCAACUGCUGGAACAAGCAUUGGAGAAUAAAAAUCAUCAAAUAGGGAAUGAAGGGAGUCUGAGCAACCAAACCCUAUUUGAAAUUGAGGCAGAAUACAAACGUAAGUUGUAUGCCAAAGAAGAAGAAAUCAUCAGUUCAAAUGCAAAGUUAUCUGAGUCUCUCAAAGGAAGACAUUUUCCAGAAAUUGGGUCCAUAAAUGAAGGUGAUUCGAAUAUGAUAAGGGAAAUCGAGGUAUUGAAAGAAAAAGUGCAGGAGCUAGAAAGGGAUUGCAAUGAGCUGACAGAUGAAAACCUAGAGCUUUUAUUCAAGCUUAAGGAAGCAACAAAGAAUUCCAUGGUGGGAGGCACUCCUUUUGAUCUUAUACCCCAUGAGCUUUUAGAUAAAUCUUUUACCAGCUUUGAGUCUGAAGUCAGCGAACAUAAAUCCCAAAUACACCUUCUGGAAGACAAGUUAAUGAGGAGAAAUUUCAGGGAGGCUGAAGAUAAUGACGAUAUUUCAAUUCAAGAACUUGAGCGUCUGAACAUGGAAAUGGAAGUUAAAGUCACAGAACUGGGUAAGGAAUUGAGUCAAAAAAAUUCUGAGACUGCAAAACUGGAGUCUAUAUUGCAGUCUAAAGAAGAGGAGAUUGGAGUGCUUAGACAGUGCCGGAGCGAAUUAGAGGCUAAGGUCUCUAAUCUUCAAAAGGAAAAAAUUCAGCUAGAGGAACAAAUGGGAGUCAUGCAGAGAGAAAGUGAUAUCACGUCUAAAUGCUUAGAUGAUUUGCGAAAUGAUUUAAUGGCACUCAGCGGCAGCUUGGAUUCCCAUGUUUCUGCCAAUAAGAUUCUUGAAAGAAAAUCUUCAGAGCUAGAACAUGGAAAAUAUGAACUGGAGCUCCGCAUAUCAGAUCUUAAACAAGAAAAUGUACAGUUGUCAGCGCACAUAUCUGGUUUGGAAGAUCAACUAGAAUAUUUGACAGAUGAGAGGGAGACCUAUCAAUUGGAACUAGAGAAUUCCAAAUCUCAUGUUCAAAGCCUCCACGAUGAGAUCACUAGACUAAGAAUUGAGAUAGAUUCUGAAAAGGUGUGUAUGAAAGAAAAGUUACAGGACAUGCAACACUGGUGGUCAGAAGCUCAAGAAGAAUGUGAAGAUCUUAGAAGAGCCAAUCCAAAGUUAAAAGCUACAGCUGAGAGUCUCAUCGAAGAAUGCAGUAAUCUUCAGAAAUCAAAUGGAGAGUUGAGGAAGCAAAAAUUGGAGUGGAACGUGCAUUGUUCCCUCUUGGAGGAAAAGUUGAGAAAAUCAGAGAGAAAUUUUGCUGACAGCUCCAAAAGAGUUGAAAUCUUAGAAGAAAGUCUUUCUUCAAUGCUGGAAGAAAUUUCCUCAAAAGAGAAAAGCCUUACUUCAGAAUUAGAAGCACUUCUUGAUGAAAACAAAAGACACAAAGAAAAACUUAUUGUGGAAGGAGGCUUAUUAAAUAGGAUGUAUUUGGAGAAAAAAAUUGAAGUUGAGAACCUUCAACAAGAGGUAAACCACCUAACAAAGCAACUUUCUGCAAAUCAUGAAGAAAAAGAAAGAAUAGCUUCUGAUGCUGUGCUUGAAAUAUCUGGUUUACGGGCAGAUAAGGCUAAUCUGGAAUCUGCUCUUCACGAAUCUCAAUUGGAGCUGAAAUGGAUUGAGAAUGAACUCAAUAUCAGGCGAAUAGAAUCUGACUCAAAGCUGCAAAGCCUGAUGGAUGAGCUUGAUGCUUCUAAACAAAACCAGGAAAUGCUGAUGGCGGAGAAUGAGGAAGUGUUGAAGCUGUUGGAGAACUACAAAUCAGAUGAAGCAAAAUUUAAAACCACUGUGAAUGGUCUUGAACUAAAGCUUAAAGUUUCUGAAUAUGAAAGGCAACAACUUGCAGAAAAAUCUGAUAAUUUGAAGGUUCAGUUGCAGAAUAUGACACAUCUUUGUGAUGAAGUUUUGGCUCUUAAGAAUGAGCUUAAUGGAACCAUGUAUGAAAAAGAGAAACUGGAAGCUUCACUGCAUUUAAUAUCUGGGGAAUGUGAAGAUCUGAAGGCAGGGAAGAAUUUACUCGUUGAGAAGAUCUCUGCAUUGCAGAAAGCCAUGUCUGAAUUAGAGGACUGCAAAGUCACGUUAGAAAAUGAGCUCAGCCAGAUCAGGAAACUAAACAGCCAAUAUCAGCGGAAGAUACAACUGCUUGAGGAGGAGAGAGAUCAGUGCAUAACAAGAGCUCAAGCCCUUGAAGAAGAAUUAAAGUUGAUGAAGGAAGGAAAGCAGAAUCAAAGGGAGUCCAGCACUAUGAAGAUUUCUAGUUUUUCUAAAACCAAUACCAAAGUUACUCCUGUCCAUGAAGAUAUGAAGCUCUCAAAGAAGAAUGACAUGGCGAAGAACUCUAGUCAGCAUCGUGAUGUUAAAAGGAGACAAGCCUCGAAGAAUGGUAAAGUACAAGAACUUUUAAAAGAGCAACAUAGGAUUCAUAACAACCAACAUCAAAGAGAGGAUGAUAGUGGCCAUGAGAUUCUUGAGGGAAGUCCUCAUGCUGUUGGAGAUGAUCCUGCUUCAAAGGUUCAGUUGCUUGAGAAUGAACUGGCUAAGGCUAUGGAAGCAAAUAACAUGUAUAAAGCUCAGGUUGACAGGUUGUUGUCUGAGGGCCAAAACGGCCAUGCACAUGCUGCUAGAAAAUCAACAGCUGAAGAUGAAAUAGGGGCAAAAGAAAGUAGUGGACGCACAAAUUCAUCACUAGAGGCAGAGUUAAUAGACAUCCGCGAGCGCUAUCUGCACAUGAGCCUCCAAUACGCCGAGGUAGAAGCUCGGCGUGAGGAACUUGUGAUGAAGCUCAAGGCAGCCAAGGGUAUGAAAAGGUGGUUCUCAUGAAUUCGUGACUUUAAAUUGCAACUUUUUUUUUUUUUAAUCUCUUUUAACAUACCAAUUUUAGGCUGCUUUUUCCACGAAUCUUUUGAGUAUACCACAAUUCUCAAUCUUUAGCAAUAUUCCAGAGUGUGAAUUAUUGUAUAGGAGGAUAAUACACCCUUAGUCAAGGCUUGUAAAUGAUGAACAAUUGCGGGGUGACUUACAUGAUGUUAUGGUCUGCUGGAGGCCAGAGUCAAAUAUGGAAUUGAAGCAACACAAGAAACACUUUUUCUUUCCUUCUCUAGUGGCACAGUGGUAAUGUUUGUAAAUGUGUUUUGAUGGGUGUUUCUUGUUUUUGGUUUUAAAAAAUGUUCGGAUGUGAUAUAAAGGCGAACUCAGUUUUGAGCA